AAAAACCUCAGCAAGCAUUUUAUAUAGUAGAUCAAGAAGGUAAUAAUAUGGAUCCACUUACCUAUCCAGAUUACCUUAAAUACCUCGAGCAAGCAAAAGCCUUAUUUAAAAAACCACAAAGAUCCAACCAAUCUCCAAUAUAUCCCCAAUAUACAUCUCCUAAUUCAGAUAGCGAGGAGGAUGAAGGUGAGUAUAAUGAGAAAGAUAAUCAAUGGUAUGCCCCUUCAUUCUAUUUAGAAAAAAAAUGGAUAUCACCAACAAUAAGUAAGACAUCACAGAAUAAAUCAGUAAUUUCAUGCAAAUCUUUAGUUACAGAAUCUAAACAAAAUGAAAAAGUCACUAUGCCAAACCUUUUUUCAGAAUCGGAUGACCAGUUAUUAGAAUUAUUAUCUCCAGCAAUGCGAAAAAAAAUUAUUGACUCAUCUACUAAAAAUAAAUGGGCUGAAUCACUUGAAUAUAUAUAG